AUGAAAAAACAAGUUGUCAAAACCUUCUCUCGAGUCUUGAGCAGAAAUCAUCAUUCCGAAAAAUCAUCAUUCGCCCUCAGCAACAAGGCUUUGAAUAAUUUCAGUGUUGAAAUUACUCCUAAAUUGGGAGGGAUGCAAACAUCUGAAUAUCAUCAUGAUAUCAUCCAUGAGGCUUUGCAACAUUCGGAAUCGAAUCACCACCAUCAUUCUGUACAUUAUGCAACAACAGCUCUUGGAAAGAAAACUAAAUUGACAACCAUCUUCUACAAUAGAACACGAGAGGAAUGGUUGAAGUUGUUUAGUGAAAGACAAAAUUAUGGAAUUAUUUCUCACAUGGGAUUCAAAAUUGUGGAUGUGCCAAAAGAGGGAGAAUUAAUUGCUGAACUCACAGCAUCCAUUAAUCAUAUGGCUCCUAAUCAAUACAUGCACGCUGCUUCGAUCGUCUUUUUGGCUGAUACUGCAUGUGGAUUUGGAUGCUAUGCAAAUUUACCAUCAGUGCAUCACAAGUUCACGACCAUCGAGCUCAAGUCAAAUUUUAUUAGCAGUUCAAAAGUUGGAAAAAGGGUUGUUUGUAGAGCACAAUUAAUUCAUGCAGGCCAAUCCACACAAGUUUGGGAUGCAUUGGUUUUUGAGGACGAACUUGACACUGGAAAGUUAAUGGCUACCUUUAGAUGCACCCAGAUAAUCAUGGAUCCACGAUCAAAACAAUAA